AUGUUCUUGGAGAAGCCGAAGAUAAAUGAAGCUGGGACCUGGACAUUUCAACCAACUAUGCCACUUCUCAACUGCCUUUGUACUUUUGCACACAUCCUGUCGGUUUUCCUUGUGAUCUCACAUACAAGUGCCCUAACCAUCCAGGUUGCUGGAGUUGUCAAAGAUUGGGUGGUUGUCUUACUGUCAGCUGUUUUAUUUGCGGAUACAAAGUUGACAGUUGUAAACCUGUUCUGUUAUGACAUUGCUAUUGCUGGUGUAGCUGCAUACAAUAAUUACAAGUUGAAGAAGGAAGUUUCAAAAACCAACACCAAGGAGUCUCAAAAUGAUGAAGCAGUACCGCUGGUCAACACCUCGACUUCUCAGAGAGCAGACGCAUAG